UUUUUUUUUUGCAUCGUCUUAUUUAUCAAUAUCUUACCAGCUACGGCUGUCACGGUGGACACACUUUAUAUUGCGAAAAGUUACAGAUAUGUGUUGUCUAGCCCAGCAAGCCGAAGCUGCCGAACAUCCGUGCAGUCGACAUGGCACGUGUCCAUCAUGGAUGCCAAAGAAUGAUGUUUGUGCUGGAGCCUUCGAGUUGGCCCAGUCCAGUCUGCCAGAGCCAAUCCUCAACCACAGUCUGCGGGUAUAUUGCUAUGCAAAGUGGAUUUCGGAACACUGCACGUCAUCCUCGAUCGACACGUCUAAAUAUGACCUCCUCUUCGUUGCCUGCAUAAUGCAUGAUAUAGGCUGCUCCGAUAAAUUCAAUAGUUCAGAACGCUUCGAGGUGGAAGGGGCUGACGCUAGCGUUGAUUACCUCCGGACUCAUCUAGUUGCUGAGGAAAGUACCAAGCAAGUGUGGCAAGCUAUAGCUCUCCAUACUAGCCCUGGUAUCGCUGAGCGCAUUGAUCCGUUUACGAGGUUAGUGCGCCUCGGUGUCUUAACAGAUUUCGGCUCGUAUGCCGAGGUUGAUAGAGAGUUUCGAGAGGCGACAGAACGGGACUUACCUCGCCUUGGGAUUGAGAAAGUCUUGGGCGAUACAGUCGUGGCGCAGGCACUUGAUUGUCCAAAGAAAGCGCCAGCAGCUUCGUGGCCUGGUGAUCUAUUGCGUGCCAAGCUCGAAUCUCCUGCAUGGGACGGCGUCAAUAAGGCUUUUUAAGAAAAAGACUUAUACAUUAUGGUCAGAUUCAUCAUGAUAUAAACGUUAACUAUUGUCUCAUAAACCCUAGAGGUCUUCCCGCAGCUGCUGUAAAUACAAGGCAAGCAUGGCUCAAUGAAC